AUGUCAAAACAAAAUACGGCUAAACCCGAAGAAUUUGAACGCGUACGAACCCUUGGAACAGGUUCAUUUGGACGUGUUAUGCUUGUUAAACAUACCGGCAAUGGAGGUUUCUAUGCAAUGAAGAUUCUCGACAAACAAAAAGUUGUUAAAUUGAAACAAAUCGAACAUACACUCAAUGAAAAACGUAUUCUUCAAGCUAUUUCCUUUCCCUUUCUCGUCAAUUUGGACUUUCAUUUCAAAGAUAAUUCCUAUUUAUACAUGGUCUUGGAAUUUGUUCCCGGUGGUGAAAUGUUUAGUCAUUUACGUAAAGUCGGUCGAUUUAGUGAACAACAUGCGCGAUUUUAUGCUGCUCAAAUCGUUCUUACAUUCGAAUAUCUGCACUAUUUGGACAUUCUCUAUCGAGAUCUUAAACCUGAAAAUUUAUUAAUCGAUGCUGAAGGUUACUUGAAAGUAACUGAUUUCGGUUUUGCCAAAAAGAUUAAAGGUCGAACGUGGACGUUGUGUGGUACACCAGAAUAUUUAGCACCGGAGAUCAUUCUAUCAAAAGGAUAUAAUAAAGCCGUCGAUUGGUGGGCUUUGGGUGUAUUAGUUUAUGAAAUGUCAGCGGGUUAUCCUCCGUUCUUUGCUGAUCAACCUAUUCAAAUUUAUGAGAAAAUUGUAUCAGGAAAAGUGCGAUUUCCAUCCCAUUUCAGUAGUGAUUUGAAAGAUUUGCUACGUAAUCUCCUCCAAGUUGACUUGACCAAGCGUUAUGGGAACUUGAAAAAUGGUGUUGACGAUAUCAAAACUCACAAAUGGUUCUCGACGACGGACUGGAUUGCCGUUUAUCAACGAAAAGUAGAAGCUCCAUUCAUACCGAAAACGAAAGGACCCGGUGAUGCGAGUAACUUCGAUGAAUAUGAAGAAGAACCACUUCGUAUCGCCACGACGGAGAAAUUUGGAAAAGAAUUUGAAGAAUUCUAA